AUGGAUUCGACCGACGUCCAGUCUGCUAGCCUGCGCUCGCCGUGGUUGGCAUCGCUCUCCUCGGGGUCCACCUCGGUCUCGGUGUCGUCCUCGGCCGCCGGCUUGGUCCAUUCGGGCCAGCUCUCACCUAUAAGCAGUGCCCACGGCGCGGACCUGCCGUGUGGAGCUACCGACAGCUCCGUCAGUUCCUCACCUCCGUCUCAGUCACCGCCGACGACCGCUUCCGCCCACUCCGUAUCGUCUUCUGCCUCUGCUGUUCCUCAGCCCUGGCACUUGUCUUAUGCUAUCUCUGGGCACGCCUCUGCCCGGCCCGGCCCUUUUGACAGUUAUGGCAUCCAUCACGAUGUCGUCUGGGAGAAGGGCACUGGUGAGAUGGUGACCAAAGUGGAACCGCUGGACGACGAUGACUUUUGCAUGGACAAUCUCCAAGAGGCCCCUUCAUCCACUAUGCCGUCUACUUCUGUCCAAUCGAGCUCCCAGGGGGCUCCCGAUCAACCCAAGCCCAAACGGCCGAGAGGACGGCCGCGGAAGCACCCCUUAAUACCAAAUGCCUCCUCCAACAAAGUUACCAAGGGCCGGUCCAAGACGGGAUGUCUUACGUGCCGGAAACGGAAAAAGAAAUGCGAUGAAGCAAAGCCGCGAUGUAUGAACUGCGAAAAGAACGCGGUGGUUUGCGAAGGCUACCCGGAGAAACAGAUCUGGAAAAGCGGCAAAGAAAGGGCCGAGGAGGAACGGCUGAAAUCCCGCGGCUUCCCGUCCAUUACUAUGCAUCCCCUUUUUCAUGGCCUGGAGACAGUCGAAGACAGGAUAUUCUGGAAGCAUUACAACGAGCACCUCAGCACCGUGCUCACCGUCGAGGGAGAGCACAAGAACGCCUUCAAGGACAUGCUGGUCCCAAUCGCCGUGAAGCAUCAGGGCCUUAUGCACUCGAUCCUGUCGCUGGCCAGCAAGCACAUCGACUUUGAAACGCCCUACGGCAUCAACCUCUUGAGAAAUAAUCCUGCGACCACUCUGGAGGCGCUAAGGGAGCGCUCCCUCUUUCAUCACGUCCAAGCCCGGCUCGACUUCUACGGGGGCGUCCAGUCUCCCGAAGCCAAGAUCAUCACCGAGGACAAGGCUUUACUCUCGGCUCGAUAUGCCCAAAUACUUUGCUUCCUCCUUGAAGUCCUCGCUGAAGGCGAUUCCCAGGGUGAACACAGGCUGCUUCUAACAAUAUACCGCAAUACCGUCACAGCCUCGCCGCCUGAAAAUCCCGCCUUCUUGUCCUUCAUCUCGGAGGUUUUCGAGUACCAUAUCAUCGCCGAUGAGCUCAUCCACUCUGCCUGCGGCCAUAAGUAUUCGCCACUCAAACCUCUCGCGCAACUACCGGCAAUACACCCUCCCAGGUUACUAGGAAUCGCCGACGGUCUGCUGCCCUACCUGUCCCAGAUCACCGCAAUCCGAAAUACAAUCCGGAGUAAGAUGACUGCACGGAUUGACCCCGUGGUUGAUUACGAGGACCUUUACCCUGCCGCGGAUAUCGACGCCGCGAUUCGAGAUUGGGCGCCGCGUUGGCCGCCAGGAGACAGCCGUGACCGGGUUAGUCUCUUGUAUAAGCAAAUGAUGUGGAUAUACCUCGACCGGACAGUCUACCCACCGUCGUCAUCGCCUCCGUCCCCUAUAGCAUCCUCGGCAGCGUCCCUAUCUCUUGUCCAUAGCUCACCUUCCCUCAACCGACCCGCUUCCUCGGUGGUAAACACGCCUCCGCUCUCUGCAUCGACAAGCUGCGCCUCCUCGCCCAGGUUCCCUAGUUGCAGUCCUGAAAUUACUCGAGCAAACCCGCGAUCGGACGCACCUUCUCGGCCACUGGCACACGCCGGCAACCAUGACGCUAGCAACCGUGUCGACUCCCCACCGCCCUUCCGGCAACCGCAACACCUAGAUCCCCGCGUCACCAUCGCUGUGGACGAGUCGCUCGCGCUUCUGGAGUCGUUCAAACCCAGCGACUCCUGCCAGACACUGCUCCUCCUUCCCUGCUUCCUCGUUGGGACCGCCUGCAUCAGUCCUGCCCAGCAGAGGCGCGUGCGCGCUGCUAUCAGGACUGUCAAGGGUUAUACGGGACUCCGCAACACCGAAGUCGUCAUUCAGCUUCUCGAGGAAGUCUGGCGGCUUAUGGGCAACGGCGAGUGGAUCGCUGCAUGGGACUGGCCGGGUGUUGCUGACAGGCUUGGGCUCGACUUCAUCCCCGCUUGA